GAUUUCAAGGUGGGGAACCUCCUGGGGAAAGGCUCCUUCGCAGGGGUCUACAGAGCAGUAUCCCUGAAAACCGGUCUGGAAGUGGCAAUCAAAAUGAUAGAUAAAAAAGCCAUGCACAAAGUUGGAAUGGUACAGAGGGUUCAAAAUGAGGUGAAAAUACAUUGUCAGCUAAAGCAUCCAUCCAUACUUGAGCUUUAUAACUAUUUUGAAGAUAGCAACUAUGUAUACCUGAUACUUGAGAUGUGUCACAAUGGUGAAAUGAGCAGAUACAUAAAGAACAGAAAGAAACCCUUUUCGGAAGAAGAAGCCCGACACUUCUUGCAUCAAAUUAUCACGGGUAUGCUGUAUCUUCAUUCUCAUGGAAUACUGCACCGGGACCUCACCCUUUCUAAUAUCUUACUCACCAAUAAUAUGAAUGUCAAGAUUGCUGAUUUUGGACUAGCAACGCAGCUGAAAAUGCCUCAUGAAAAGCAUUACACCAUGUGUGGAACUCCAAAUUACAUUUCUCCAGAGAUAGCCACGAGGAGUCCACAUGGACUUGAAUCUGAUGUGUGGUCUUUGGGCUGUAUGUUUUACACUCUCCUUAUUGGAAAGCCACCUUUUGACACUGACACAGUCAAGAACACGCUGAAUAAAGUAGUGUUAGCAGAUUAUGAAAUGCCAGCCUUCUUAUCAAGAGAGGCACAAGACCUUAUACAUAGGUUGCUUCGCAAGAAUCCAGCAGAUCGUUUGAGUCUUUCCUCAGUGUUGGAUCAUCCCUUUAUGUCCAGGUGUAACUCUGCACGGAGUAAAGAUUCGGGAACUUCAGAAGAUUCUAUGGACAGUGGAAACGCAACCAUCUCUACGACCUUCAUGGGCUCUUCCAGCAUCAGUACCAGUGGUUGCUUGAAGGACAAGAAGAAGCUGUUAGUUGGACAGCCACUCCCAAAUAAAAUUACUUUUUUUCCUAAAAGCAAGAAUUCCAGUAAUACUUCAUCCGUAGACGGAAGUGGUUCUUUUCACCAGUGGGGAAUUCAGGGAAAAGAAAUUGGCAUAACUGGCAGGGGAAGAACCAUGCAACUUCCUGAAGAGCGACCACAUUCACGCUACCUGCGAAGAGCCCACUCUUCAGAUAGGUCUGGCACAUCCCAUAGUCAGACUCAAGGCAUAACAAAUAUUGUUGAGAGAUGUCACUCUUUGGAGCUGCUUUCUAAGCCUAAAGUAGGAACAAGGGAAAACACGGAAUGCUUUUCACCUGCAAACAGCUAUACUGAUAUAGGAGAAAUAUUUAAGGAGAAGACUUCCAGUAGUUCUGGUUCCUUUGAAGGGCAAACAUCUCCACCUGUAAAAGAUCAACCGCACUCGAAUUAUCUCUGCCCAAUGAAGCCCCAGGUUGGUUUGUUAGAGCAGAAGUCCCAGGCUGAAACAAUGCAGCAGUGGCUUGGAAGCAUGCAAACAAACGUUCCGCUAGGACCACCUGCAGACCUACCUGGCAACAGUAAUGCACAUGGAGGUUUUCGGUAUCAUCUGGAUGUGCAGCAAGAUGCACCAAGAAAUGCAUGGAACACCUUAAAAGAUAAAAGGAAUCAUGAUGCAUCUGUCGACUGUCCGCAUUCUUUAAACCAGAGAAACCCAAGGAAAUACAUUCCUGGAGUUCUCUGCAAAUCUGACACAAUUCAACCAUCUUCUACAUGUGGCCUUUGGUCAGCUUCAGAAAAAAACCAAAUGUGGGUCCAAGAACCAGCAGCACAUCAGAAACCUACCCUGCGAAGUACAGUAUCACCUCUCAACGCUCUCAGGCUAAAACCAAUCAGGCAAAAAACAAAAAAUGCAGUGGUGAGCAUUUUAGAUACUGGGGAAGUGUGUAUGGAGUUUCUAAAAGAACACCAUUCACAAGAACUUGUGAAAGAAGUUGUCAGAAUAUCUUGUGAUGGAAGUGUGAUUGCAGUUUAUCAUCCAAAUGAAGGAAGAGGUUUCCUUCUUGAUGACAGACCUCCUGCUCCUCCUGAAGACACCUGCAUGUAUAAUUUUGACAACUUGCCAGAAAAGUACUGGAAAAAAUACCAGUAUGCAGCCAAGUUUGUGCAGUUGGUAAGAACAAAAACCCCCAAAGUUACAUUCUAUACGAGAUAUGCCAAGUGCAUGUUGAUGGAAAAUUCACCCUCUGCAGAUGUUGAAAUUUGUUUUUAUGAUG